AAAAUCAAAGAUUUUAUGAGGGGAACAAACACUUGAUUUAAAUGGCAUAUCUUGUGGCUUUGGAGAACUUGGUUGAUUUCACUUUAGAGGUCCCUAGCUUGGAGAAAGCUUACCAUAUCUGCAAGAGGUGGUUUCACGAGUGGAGCGGCUUUGGUUUCAACCAUGGUGGAGGUAGAUUUAGUGGGGGGUACUUGAUCUUUCUUGUUGCCAUCCAUGGGAAUAGAUUUGGAAGAGAAAAAGGAGAUGGAAAGCCACUUCCCGAUUCUGCUCUUCUUCUUCUCGCUGCAGCUCCUGAAAUCCCCCUCCAAGUCGCCGACACCAGCUUUGAAAAUUUUGUGAGAAAGCUUGGAAUAUCUCCUUCUUUCUUGUCCAAGAACCUGACUUGGAACCCAGAAAUCUUUCCCCUUUACUGGAAAUUCCAGAUCUGCCUUGCUCUGCUUGUCUUCAGCGCCGGCUGCUAGUGGGUAUGGGUGAUUUCUGGGCAUUUUUUUCGUUCCCGUGAGCUUCCCCUGCACUUGCCGCCGGCUUCUCCCCCUGCCAAGUUCGGUUCUGCAACUGGAAAAUUUAUGGUUCUUGAUUGUUCUGUCAGUUAGCAUUGAGAUUGAGUGCUCGGUUUUAUGCGAGUGAGGUAAGUAAAUUUAUGGUAAUGCCUGUACUGCUUUUAAAAGCAUGUUUUGAUUUGUUUUUGAAAUGGUGGCGGGACUAAAACCGUUUUUACAAACCUGUUUUGUCUCCGAUAUGGUCAUGUUAUUCUGUUGCCCGCUAGUGGGAGUUAUAAACGCUAGCACAUGUCGACAUGUUACUGAUAGAACCGGUUCGUUUCUGUUAUCCUGCUAGUGGGAUUAAACACUAGAAAUUUCUGUUGCCCGCCAGUGGGAGGUUUAUAACACUGGCCGUGACCUAUAGAGGAGACGUCUAUUUCGUUCCCGUACUUGUAUCCGUUUUCUGAUUACACUUGUUGGCAUGCUAUAAGUUUAAUAAGGGCACUCCAUAUUU